AUGGUUCGCAACAGCAUGAAUGAACUUAGACUUGAAGCAGAAUCGCUGUUCAGCUGUGAUGGUGAUGCUGAUGAUGCUGAUGAUGCUGAUGAGGGUGAUGGUGGUGAUGGUGGUGAUGGUGAUGCCCAUGCCGAUGCCGAUGAUGCUGACGAUGCUGAUGACGAUGACGAUGAUGAUGACGAUGCUGAUGACAAUGAUGAUGACAAUGCUAAUGACAAUGCUCUGAUGACGAUGAUGAUGACGAUGCUGAUGACGAUGCUGAUGACGAUGACAAUGCUGAUGACGAUGCUGAUGACGAUGACGAUGACGAAUGCUGAUGACGAUGCUGAUGACGAUGAAUGCUGA